AUGCCGCCUAAGAAGGAUAUUCAGAAGCAACUUGAUGACCAAGCAGAAGCUAUGCGAGACGCUAUGGCUGAUCUUCGCCGUGAAUUUCGUGAGACUUUGCAAGUCUCUAUAGAAACAGCGAUGCGAACGGUGUUAGAAGCGCGUCCUCCAGCUCCACAGGGUCACAAUCGCCGUGAACAAAACCUUGCUGAGGAAGAUGAUGACGAUCUCGUUGAUGAAAACCCUUUUGCGGGACUGCAAGAGCAGCGAGUUUUACCCCAACAUCGUGAUGUGAUAGCCGCUCCUCGGGGUGAACAUCGCAGCUGGGACUCUUGUUUUCGACUUGAUCUGCCAGAAUUUAACGGUAGCUUAAAACCUGAUGAACUGCUCGAUUGGAUCAGUUCGGUGGAAGAGCUCCUGACGUUCAAACAGGUGCCUGAUGUGAUGCGAGUUCCCCUAGUAGCAACUCGGUUCAAAGGAAGGGCGUCAGCCUGGUGGCAACAAGUGAAAGAACAACGAGGUCGAGCAGGGAAAGAACGUGUGAACUCAUGGGACAAACUAAAACGUCUCUUGCGUAAAGCGUUUCUCCCUUAUAAUUAUACGAGGACAAUGUACAAUCAAUUGCAGAAUCUGAGACAGGGAAGUAAAACGGUUGAUGAAUACGCUUCGGAAUUUUUCACCCUCCUUGCUCGAAACACUCUUCUCGAAACGCAGGAUCAACUGGUUUCAAGAUUCAUUGGUGGCUUGAGACUGCAAAUACAGAACCAUCUACUCUUAUUCAACCCAAACUCGGUUUCUGAAGCUCAUCAACGAGCAAUCUUAAUUGAGCAGAACUUAAAAUCGUCACAGAGUUCUUGGUCAUCUUCAAGUGCUCGAACACGUACUGCUGUUUCAGGAGAGCAGUCUAAUUCGUCUACUGCAGAGGCAAGCACAAAGGAUAAUCAACAACGUCCAGCGGGACACACUAACUCUGCAGGCACUCAACCCCCGUUUAAAACUCCAACUUUCAAGUGCUUUAAUUGUGGAGAAAUUGGUCAUCGCCAACAGAAUUGUCCUAAACGAGUGUUUUUAUCCAACGAUGAGGUCGUCUAUGAUGAUGACGAAGUUAUCGACACGACGACAGAUAUUACAGAGGAACAAGUCAGUGGAGAUACGGGUCACCUGCUAGUAAUUCGUCGCAACUUACUUAGUCCUCCAGGCAUCGAGGAGUCUUGGUUGAGAUCCAAUAUUUUCCGUUCUUCUUGUACAAUCCGAGGGAAAGUUUGUCGUUUCAUGAUUGACUCAGGCAGCUGCACCAAUGUGAUAUCAGAAGAAGCUGUUGCGAAACUGGCCCUGUUCGCUGAACCUCACCCUACACCAUACAAGCUGGCGUGGUUAAACACACAAACAGAUAUUCGUAUCUCUAAACGAUGCAAAGUCCCGUUCUCAAUAGGUUCGAGUUACCGUGAUCUGAUAACGCUACUGCCUUCAAAAGACAUCGCCUCGCCCCCUGACACUCGUAUUACACCUGCAUCUCACCCUACGGAUACAGUUUCAGACCGACCAGUUCUCAUGCUUUCACAAUCGAAGUUUGAGGAAGAGCUUCGCGGAUCGGACUUCUUGUUUGUUCUCAUGGCAUCACAACCUAAGAACUGUGCGACACUAACAGUUCCUCCCAGCUUUGAGCCAGUAGUACAAGAGUUUAUGGAUGUAUUCCCUGAUGAUCUUCCUGCGGGUUUGCCUCCCCUAAGAGACAUACAACAUUGCAUUGAUUUAGCUCCUCAUUCACCUCUUCCCAACCGACCACACUAUAGAAUGAGUCCGCAAGAGCAUGAUGAACUUCGCAGACAAGUGGAAGACUUACUCUCUAAAGGUUAUGUCCGCGAGAGUCUUAGCCCGUGCGUUGUACCUGCUUUGUUAAUCCCAAAGAAAGAUGGGUCGUGGCGGAUGUGUGUAGAUAGUCGUGCGAUCAACAAAAUCACUAUUCGGUACCGCUUUCCUAUACCACGGCUUGAUGACUUACUGGACCAAAUCGGCACUGCUUCAAUCUUUACAAAACUGGAUUUAAAAAGUGGUUACCAUCAGAUUCGAGUUCGUCCUGGUGAUGAGUGGAAAACGGCUUUCAAAACGCGGGAAGGUCUUUUCGAGUGGCUGGUAAUGCCUUUUGGCCUCUCUAAUGCACCGAGUACGUUUAUGCGGGUGAUGAAUCAGGCACUCCGUCCGUUCAUUGGCAAGUUUGUGGUUGUCUAUUUCGACGACAUUCUAAUUUUCAGCACAUCCCUAGACUGUGGAGAUUAG